AUGCUGUUGAGUUUCGCAGUUGUUGCCUUCGUAGGAUCGUGCAUUGCCACAGAAACAGCAAUGGCAAAGCCAGUGACUUAUCCUGCUAUGGGUACACUUCCUUUGCAAACACAGCAAGAAAUCAUAAUGCAAGCUUCAAAGAAGGGUAGUCAGUGUGCAAUCAUUGGUGCAAACAGUAGCGAGUGUGCAAGGAAAUUGCAGAAGGAGCAGGCGGAAAAAGAGAUUAAGGCCCAGACAGCUGCUACCACUGAAUACCUUCGAACUUUGAAUGCAAAAGCAGAAAGCCAAUGCAUUCACAACACACCAAAUGGUUCGGAUGUAUGUGUUGAGCGUGAAUUCAUGAAACAGGCAGCUACAAAAGACAGAUACACGAUCUCCUCAUAUAAAAACGUUGUUAUGCUGUAUGACAACGACCUUCCUAUUGCAUUGGCCGUUAACGAUCUUUUGAAAACAGUUCCUGUGAAGAAGCAGGAGAAGAAGCCUGAUCCGUUGUCUGACAAGAAGGAGACCAGGAAAGUCAAACUCAACCAGUUUGGACAAGUUGUUGGAUUGUCUGGCCCACCAAGUAAAGCUAAGGAUAACUGUGUGUGCCCUAAGAAGUCUGACAAGCCAGGAAAUGUCACAUUCGAAAUGAGUACAAGGAGCUGUGCAGAUGCCUGUGCUUCUAAGAAUAUAAUGUACGACGCAAUGGUUCAGAACAAUUCUCCGCAGGAUGGGACUGAGUCUUCUAAGCCCAAGGAAGAAGACACCAGUCAAAACGCCACAGACAAUAAUGACUCCGGAAGCACCGAGCAGAUCAGUGAAAACUAA